UCAACUCCCUCACUCCAUUCCCCACUUCCCCAACCAAAAAAUAAAAGAGUUUUUGACAACAAAACAGCAAUGUCCAAACUCUCAAGUAUUGUUGCCCUCUUCGCAGUUGUGCUGCUGGUUGCAGAUGCAUACGCCUACCGCACCACCGUCACCACCGUGGAGGUGGACGAAGACAACCAAGGGCGGCAGGAGAGGUGCCGCCACAUCAGGCCCCGUGAGCAGCUCCGCAACUGCGAGAACUUCCUGAGACAGCAGGGUGGCGGCAGAAGAGAAAUUAUGGAGAACCAAUGGGGGAGAGAGCAAGGCUUGGAAGAGUGCUGCCGACAGUUGAGGAAUGUUGAGGAGCACUGCAGGUGCGAUGCUUUGGAGGAGGUUGCUCGUGAGGUACAGAGCCAGCAACAUGGCCAACAAGGCAGCCAUAUUCUACAGCAGGCAAGAAUUUUGCCAUCCAUGUGCCAACUCCACCCACAGCGAUGUGACUUCUAAGUGCGCUCAGCUUUAAUUUCCUAGCACACGCACUACAAACAACACAUUCUACUGUGCUUUUUGCUAAUGUUUUAAUAAAUAAAGCCUUAUAGCUUUGGCUCUCCUAUUAAUUAAAUAACAGUCUUUGUGUGCGAAA